UAGGGCGGUGCCACAAAGAAGUACAGUCAAACUGGAUGCAGUAUGACACCUUACUUAACGUCAUUUUUCCGAAGGGAAAAAUAAUCCAGACUGGAUGAAUAUGUCUGUGGCGUCUAUGGGCUGAGAUUAUUCUUCACCUGGCUGCAAACUCACCUCGCUUUGAAGCCCGCAUUGUGCUGGGCACUCUCCUCGCACGCGAGAAAGGAUGAGGGGGAACUAGGAGGGGACGGUGCCGCAGUGUUUGUUGUGGGAUGUAGCUAGUUAGCCUGUUAGUCUGAAGAAAGCGCUGGAGCUGAAUGUAGCGGAAUACUCCCCCGCUGGGUAGUGAAUGUUCUCACUGUCUCUAGGACUACGAUUUGGCUGCUACGUUCAGCUGAAAGAGGAAAACUUUCCUGAUCUGGCGCAGGAAUAAACAUGCCGCCGAUCCAGCCUCAGUUUCUGUCGGGAUCUUUGUUGCUGCUGCUCCUCGUCUCCUGGUCUUCUCAGAUCUCGUUGUCUCCGGAAGAGGCAAAUCAGUUCUUGAAGAGACACAAGCGAGCCUAUCAAGUUUUUGAAGAGACGAAACAAGGGCAUUUGGAGCGAGAAUGUGUCGAAGAGAUAUGUACCAAAGAAGAAGCUCGGGAAGUAUUUGAGAACGACCCCGAAACCGAAUACUUUUAUCCGAAGUACUUGGCAUGCGUGGAUACGUUCGGAAACUCAGAGAAGAAGAGACAAGACCUGAUCACAUGCGUUCACAACAUCCCAGACCAGUGCUCCCCCUCGCCCUGCAACCCCAGAGGGAUGGUGCGCUGUGAGGACAAGAAGGGCGACUUCCUGUGCCACUGCUUCACAGGCUGGGCCGGCGUCAGGUGUGAGAAAGAUAUAAACGAGUGUGACAAGAAGAACGGCGGCUGCGACCAUGAGUGCAAUAACACGGUUGGCAGCUACCGCUGCUCCUGCGGGCCUGGCUACACGCUGGUGGACCGCCACACGUGUAACGAUGUUAAUGAGUGUGUGGAAGACCCUGGAGUGUGUGGAACGGCACGUUGUGGCAACCUCGUGGGGUCCUACGAGUGUCUGUGUGAGGAGGGCUAUGUGUACGACAACGUGUCCAAGUCCUGUUUGGAUGUGGAUGAGUGUGAGACCCAGGUGUGUGCGGAGGAGUGUGUAAACACACCUGGGAGCUUCCGCUGCUUCUGUGACGGGCGGAGGGGCAUGAGGCUGGCGCAGGACUACAGGAGCUGUGAGCCCAUAGAGCCGUCAUUGUCUCUGAACAUGAAGAGGAACUCGCGCUCACUCUACCUGGGCCGCAUGUUCAGCGGAGUCCCCGUCGUGCGCCUGCGCUUCCGUCGGAGAGUCCAGACCGGUUUCACUGCAGAGUUCGACCUCAGGACCUUUGACCCGGAAGGGGUCAUCUUUUUCGCCGGGGGGCACCUGAACAGCUCUUGGAUCGUGCUGGCAAUGCAUCGUGGGAAGCUGGAGCUGCAGCUGAAGUACGGGCCGGUGAGCCGGGUCACCAGCAGCGGACCGGAGGUCAACGACGGGCAGUGGCACAGGAUCUCUGUGGAGGAGCAGGGACGGAGCCUGGUGAUUAAGAUUGACAGGGAGGCCGUGAUGAAGAUCGCGGUGAACGGGGACCUCUUCACCCUGAAGAAGGGCAUGCACGAGCUCAACCUCACCGUGGGAGGGGUCCCCUUCAAGGAGGGGGGGCUUCUGAGCCAGCUGAACCCUCGUCUGGACGGCUGUUUGCGGGAGUGGCGCUGGCUGACAGGGGAGGACACCUCCAUCCAGGAGACUAUCCGCUCCAAUGAGAAGAUGCAGUGCUUCUCUGUGGAGGACCGCGGCUGCUUCUAUCCUGGCAGGGGAUUCGCCCUCUUCAACCUCAGCCUGUGCCACAGUGACUCUCAGGUGUUCAGUCUCCAGUUGACCCUGCGUCCUGCCUCCAACACUGGGGUUCUAUUUGCACUAGUCCGUCAGGACAGCGUCCCCCUGUCCGUCUCACUGUCCCACUACCACCCAGGGAAGAAACUGCAGCAGGAGUAUGUGCUGGUCUCCAUGGGCAGUGAGGUGGUGGCCAGCCUCCCUGCCUACCUGUGUGACUCAGAGACGCACCUCCUGAACCUGACGGUGGUGGGGAACCUGACCCUGCUGGAGGUGGACGGGCAGGGGGGGCAGGUGGAGCUGGGAGUGGGGGGGCCUACUGUCCCAGACCUCUCCUCCCCUGCCAGCAUCUUCCUCGGGGGUCUGCCAGAUGUGCCUGUGGUCUCCACCCCGGUGUCGGCCUUCUACGCGGGCUGUAUGGAGGCCACCCUCAACGGCCGGGCGCUGGACCUGGACGAAGCGCUCUACAAGCACAGCGACAUCCGGUCGCAUUCCUGCCCCCUGCUGGGCCCCGUCCUGUAACUGCCACUUCCCGACCAAACCCGCGCCCACACGCCCAAAACUCUGCUGUUCUCCUCCAAACACUGUCUUCUGAUAGAUUCCCCACUGUCACCACUGUCCUCUCAAAAAACGGUGACCCCAUAAGCCCCGCCCCCUCAGACACCUGUGGCCUGGCCCCGCCCUUCACUGCCUCCAGCGACGCAGGCGUUUUCAUCAGGUACAGCAGGGCCACACUUUACACUGAGGUGCAGCGGUGUGUGUAUUUAUAUUAGGGACAUAGAGCACUACGCUGUUUCACACUAGCUACUGAGGGGAGUCUGCUGUAAUAUACUGUAUAUGUAAAUACUUGAGUAUACAAAGCUUUGUAGCAAAACGUACCUUUUGAAUUAUCCCGGCCACUUCUGGCGUUAAACCUUUUUUAAAAGUAUUCAACACUAAGACCACAGUAUUCCACAAUAUAUUAUUUUUGUUUUUAUCCCUCUGUUUGUUACCAGUAUUUGAGUUUACGAUUAGAUAUAAUGUCGGAAGAUCUUGUGUAAAACUGUCCUUUCAGAAUGUUUUAAUUGUUUUUUUGGUUUUGUUUUUUAUCUUUCAUUUUGUAUAUUUUAACCUUCAUUUUAUAUUUUGUCAUGGUCAGACUCCCAGUGUGCUUUUUGCUGGGUGAUGUGUUUUUUUAAAUAACAGUUAAGUGGAAUCGUGCUUGAAAUGAAAUAAAGGUGAUGGUUGAGAUAGGGGCAAGUGGAAAGCUAGUUUAACAGCCACUUAUCAGAUGAUAGUAAAGUGGAACUCCAGAGUUAAAUACCUCUGGAAAAGAGGUUCUUCAUUCAUCUAGAGCUCAUAACUCAGAUGCAAUAAGUUGCUAGUCAUUACAUUAUAAAUUAUAUAACACCAUGUAUGACACACCUGUAGAAAAAUACUGGAAAAAAAACAAGCGCUGUAAAAUGUUUUUGAUCAAAAAGCUUUUCUUUCAUUUUGAAGCAAAUUAAAAACCACAUGUCAUUUA